UUUUUUUUCAAAUUUCCCUUUCCUUUCCUUUUUCCAUUUGAUUAUUAUUAAAUAUCCCCUUUUUUUUUUUACGUGUACAUAUAUCUUGAUAUUUAUCUAUUUAUAUAUUACUUGGUGUAUCCUUCUUGAUACUCUAUGAUUGCUCAAGAUCGUCAUACGCCUUCUUCUUAUCCUACCAAGGAAUCCUUUCACCCUGAUGGACUCAACAAUAAUAGGCCCGUGAGUCAUUUCUUGAAGGAAGCCGUACAAAUACUGAUCCAAGCCAGUCGCACUGUUAGUAUCAAUGAUCGCGAUGUCAGGAAAACUGUGUCUACGCCUUCUUUAUCUAACCAUACCGAGUUUGAUGCCGAUACCCACUCGCUUUUAUACACCUCACCACCUACAACAACACGACAACAAACGGAUGAAAAUGAUCAAGUUUGGAAUGAGAAUGCGACGGUGACUUGGAAACUUAAUUUAUCAGCAACUAUGAUUACAUUGGACACUAAAGUACAAACGAUUGCUGGUUUGGAACAAGUACUGGAACAACUAUUCGCCAAUUUAGAACCACAUCCUUCACUUGAAAAACCUUUCUCGUCGUCUUUAUUACCGUCUUCUACUGUGUCGUCAGAACAUUAUCAAAUGACAGGUCUUACUCAUGCCAUUGGCGAAACUUUACGACUCUCUCAAGUAUUGGUUGUACCUCAAAUCGACAUUUUUCAACAAUUCAACACAAUUCAAUUGAUCAAACAAUGCGUGCAAUGGUUUAUUAUGUGCGACGGGGCUUUGUUUAUGGAGGUAUCUGAUCUAUUGGCAAGGACAGAUCGAGUAUUAUCUUCACCUACACCAUUCAACAACGAUGAACAUUCUUUGGAUGUCUUAUUGUUACUCAGUAUUAGUUGCAUGAUGAUUCGUCAUGUUAUGAUUCAUCGACGUGGAAAUACGGCGGUAUCUGCAGGUUUGGCACAUGCUUAUUAUUCCCAGGCUCGGACGCGAUUACAAGAUUUCUUUGAUGUUCCUCAUAUCACGGUGCUACAAUCUAUGUUUAUUCUGUCUCUCUUCCCUCAUGGUCAUAUUGAUCUCUUUUCCACUUCACGACUCUGUUCUACCUUUUUGACAAGCGCGACAAGAAUGGCUUUGGCAAUGAAACUCAAUCAGCUGGACAAGAAGAACAAUAAUAAUGAUACAACAAAAGAAUAUCGACGACGCUUGGCUUGGAUGAUACUUUGUGCUGAUCAUUUUUCUAGUGUGAAUCGAACUGGGCAAGCAGGAUGGAUUGAUGUGAAUGAUUGGCAUGUGGAUUUCCCUCAACCUUUGGUGGACGAGAACCCAACAACAACUCGACGUGUACAAGUACUCUCUCAUUACUGUCGGACCGUGAUGAUACGAAAGAUGCAACUUUUCCGAUCGGCAUAUAUGGUUGUUUCUCAAUCAAACAAGGCUCUGGCAUCUUCGAUGGAUCAAAACCUCUUUGAAACCUACACAAGCACUCCUGAUUAUUUGCGACUUCCUCUGAAUCUAUUAGAAACGGAUGAUCAUUUGAAGCGACAAUGGACAAGGGAUGAUGUAGCGCCUUUACUACUAGAAGCUCUUCAUUGCAAUACUCUGAUCAUGGCUUUGGUCCCUUUUUUACCACGACGAUAUCUAGCCACUUUUGAACAAGGCCAUCUGACGAGGGAAGCAGAAAUCAAAAAUGUAUAUCAUUUUAUUCAACAACAAGCAGCUUUAUCCAAUUUUUCUGUUACACCUUUACCGCCCUCCACUCCAUUACAACCUCAAGAUCAUCAACAAACAUUGAACAACAUGAAUGAUGAGGAUACAAUGAAGAAUUUGGAAAUGCAUACGGUGGUGGGAUGUUUGACAGCAGCGAAUCGAUGGACAUAUAUAUUGGAAAUUCUAAGCAUGGUGGAUCCUUUACAAUGUGAUCAUCGACCGACACAUGCGACUGUUGUGCUGACCUACGUGUACGAUCUUCUCCAAACCCACUGUCAAAACUCAAAUGUAGCAAUGAUUUGCCGCCUGAAUCUGAUCCGUACUCUACGUGUGGUGCAAGUGACAAGACGCACUGAUCCUGACUUGACUUUGAUUUAUUUGGAUCGUAUCCUGAAUUCGUAUAUCACCUCUUCUACUGAUGAAUCUUCCGUUGAUUUGGAACGUACUACUGCCACUCUUUUGUCCAUGUUACGAACAGCUUGGUAUCAACGCAACAACUCAUCAUCUUCUUCUUCUUUGGAUGGCAAGAUCAAGACUGAACCUCUUUGAAUGUUAUCUUCCCUUUAUUAUUGAUACCCCUCUCCUUUUCAUUUCCUCACCCUCUUUUUGUUACAUAUUCUUUAGUAUUAUCCAUAUUUUUAUAGUAGUUUAUAUUCAUAUGU